AUGGAAUUGCUAGUGGAAAAUAAUGAGGAUAUCCUAUACAGGAACUCUCACCCUUCUGGAAACUAUUCUGUUAAGACGGGGUAUGCUUUUUUAAUUAAUAGCUCUUCUUUGGAACAGGUUGCAGAUCAAGAUUACAAAUUCUUUAAGCUCAUUUGUAGUUUAAAUAUUCCCCCUAAAUGGAGCCUUUUCUUAUGGAAAUUGGUUAUGAAUGGAUUGGCUGUCAGGUCAAACUUGAUACGGAGGGGGGUGGAUAUUGAAGGGGCCUGUGUUUCGUGUGGAAUGAUGGAUGAAGACUUGCAGCACCUUUUUAGGUUCUGCUCUUUUGCGAGGUAUGCAUGGAAUAAUAGUUCUUUGCAUAUUCUCACUGAAAUUAAUGAAUCUACCUCUUUGAGACACUGGAUUCAACAUUAUAUCCUGCUUUUUAAUAGCGAGGAUGGGAAACGAAGUGAACGCCUACAAGCCGUUGUGGGAGUUCUGUGGAGUCUAUGGCUAACCAAAAAUGGUAGAGUUUUUCGAAAUGAAAGGGGGUAUGUGGCAGACUACUUCAGACACUUGAGUCAAACUAUGAAUAGUCUUGAAUCUUUUCUUAAGCCAGAUAGUCGUCCUAAGGAGCACUCUCGACAUUUAGCUAGUAAUGGGGAUCAACCGCCAGGUUACUGUAGGGUGAACAUUGGUAGGAGAGGGGACCUCCCUACUACACCAAUGCAAGGAGACAAUGCAGUGAUACUUAAGGUGGAUGGGUCAUGGGACAAAACCACGGGACAUGCUGGUUUUGGAUGGGCUUAUUCUCUUGAUGCGGUCAAUUUUUGGGAUGCGGGAGGGGAGUACGGCACUAUGUCGGCCUUGCAUGCGGAACUGACGGCUUGCUUAAAAGCCAUCAGUUGGGCAAAGACGAAAGGCUACCAAUGCAUUACAAUUUGUACAGAUUCAUUUUCUAUUGUCCAAAUGCUGAGGUCGCCUAAUAGAAGGGAAGUGAGACUCUUAUGGACUUUACAAGAACUUCUCAAAGUGGGAGGUUCUUUUGACAUGUGCACUUUAUGGAAAGUCGGGAGGGAUCAAAUCUCCCAAGCGCACUUCAUAGCAGGUAGUUGUAGAAGAAAUUUAGUUUCGUUCUCGGUGUAA